AUGGAAGACUGCAAUAGAACGUCGGAUCCAGGAUGUGAGACACCUCACCACGUAUGCCGUCAGCCGAGGAGCUCGUCUACAGACGGGACAGUUCUGGGACCUUUCUGGAACUUUCCUCUUCACUAUCUACGUGAUGACCGCUUUAGGGUUUGGUGCUCCGGUGCCGCAAUCUACAUGGGGAAGGAGCUCUGCGCUGAUAUACGCCAUUUUUGCAGUGCCGACCCAUCUUUACCUAA